GUAGAAGCAGGUUGAGCAGGUUGUUCCCUGCGUGAGUGCUCCCUCCUCUCGCUGGGUGACUGCUGAAUCACUCAAGUUGGUCAGUCAGUGAAGAAAUUUGUCGCUUGUGCACCUGUUCUCAUCUGAGACAGCCUCACAAUAAGGGGGAACCAACCAAAAAAGGAAGCAAUGGAACAUCAUUUUAAAACCACAAUAUAUCUGGUACUGCUUGUACACACUUCUAACUUGGUAUUGCUCCAAAAUUCAACUGAUUCUCCAAGGCACACAUUUGAUCAAAACUGGCUGCGUGAGCAGAGCUCUGAUGCUGAAGAGGAAGAACAAAAUAAACCAGGAGGAGACAUGUCUCCUAUGGAACCAAGCAAUGAUGUCAGCAGUGUAACAUAUAAUGAAGAUAAUCACAUGGACAGUGAAGAGCAGAGUGAAAAUAAAACAGAUGAUUUGCCUGUUGCCAUAACUACUGAGCCUCCCACAUCCCCAAAUGCCCCAAAAGAGCAAACUGAACAGACAAAUGGAACUAGCAACUCAGAGAACAGAGAAUCAAACCACACCCACGUCACCCAAAAUGAGGAGUUUAAUUCCUUAACCACACAGCCUCUUACGCCAGCUAGUCAUCCAUUUAAUGAUAAUUCCACCACCAAUCGUGGUAUGUCCAAUCGCACAGAUAUAGAGUUGACCACCUUGUCACCAGAGAUUAAUAAUCCAAAUGAGAACACAACGUCAGGAAACGAUGCAGAACCAAACAAUGUAACGGAAUCUGCAACCACAACUGUGACAAUCACAAUAGAAACCAAGAUAAACAAAACAUCUACAACAUCAUCGCCAAAAGUGCUGCCUUCUGAUCCCACCAAAUUAUUUCCUGAGGUGACGACAACUGUUGCUCCAGAAACACCUGAGGGCAACCUCACAGAUAAACAGGCAUCCACUGGGAGCAGCUCAGAAAGAGGUUUUUCAUCAGAGGCCAGUAAGAGCAAACGAAGUGAAGCGUGGGUGGCCGUGUUGGGAACCGCUGUGGUUGUGUCCAUUGUGGGAUUGGUGGCAUACAUCAUCUUGAAAAGGAAACACCAGAAAGGUUUUUCUCACAGGAAACUGGUUGAGGUGUUCCCCGCUGACCCAGUUCUCAGAUUGGACAACAGCGAACCACUGGAUCUGAACUUUGGUGGCUCAGCUUAUUAUAACCCAGGACUUCAAGGAGACAGCAUUCAAAUGAGCAACAUACCAGGACGCAAGACAAACUAGAAAGAGUCACGGAUUACUCACACACUCCCUUGGAAAAAAAGAACAAUUGAUGAGGAGUUUUGUGACUAAGACUGGCCGGACUUUUCGGAGGAGAAAUUUACAAAUGAGUUGGUUGACCGUUCACCACGUGAAACUUUACUUGAGUUUGUGUCUCAUUGUUUUUAGUAGCCAACAGUUAUCUGUCCUUUAGAUAAUGUAACACGUGAUCAUAAAACUAUUAUUAAUAAAUGCUUAUCAGUUGAUGGUGAAUGAGGGCAUAUCAAUAUCGCAUGAGAAUUUAUUUUCGUAAUAGUACAGGUGGUCCUUGGGUUACAAACACUGAGUUAAGUCACUCACACUGUACCACAUAAAAUACCUCAAUAAAAAUAAAUACAAUUACCUGAAACAGUAAUAGCAAGAGAACAUCUCCUUACUCUUAUCUCUAUGGUCAUAAUCCCUUCUUAAAAUAUAGCCCCAGGCUAGUCAAGUCAGAUGACCUCUUCUCCUCCCACAUCUCCUUGUAACCAUGACCCCUGUAGCAUUCAAUAACCUUUAUCCCUAAUCAUGGUUGUGACAGUCGAGCGGUUGAGACCAAAAGAGCACCAUUUCUCCUUUCUGAGUUUUUUAAUGACGUUCAUUUUCACUUCCAUGGUGAUGGCUUUCCUUUUGUUUGGCACACUGCCGCUUGUGAGAACGAAGCGCACAAAGUUAACUAACCAGCAAAGUUAUCCCAUCUCGGUGCUGCGCAGGCACGCACUGUAUUCUUCUCAAUAGAGUCUCGUGUUUAGGGACCAAAAUGAAGUUCUUAAUUAGUUUAUGGUAGAACGUUCGUAACCAAGAAACGUACGACCUGUGUAGAUAAUAAUAUUGUAAGAAACUGAAACGCAUGUAAGGUUUUUGCUUGUAAAACAUAUAAUCAGAAGCCACUGUGAACAAUCACAUCAGUCAUAAUAUGCUGAGGGCAGUAGCUAGUAAAAUCUGAGCUUCUUCCAGUUAACGAGGACCAUAGCUACCGGACUGUCAAACCCAGCGGAGUGCUUGGUAUUCAGCGAAUGAGUUAUGUAUUUGGUUUUAGGAUUUCUCAGUUGCUUAAGCUACAUUAUCAUAUCAAACUUCUGAAAUCCUGUGACCUCUAGGUGUCCAAACAGAGAUAUGAGGUUUUCUUUUGCAGUGAUGAGGUGCACCUUAGAGAGUUACACAGCAUACACCUUCUGCAUACUGAGUAGAGAUUGUACAAAAUGCACAAUUGUUUUUAAACUUUUGUAUUAUGAUUUCAUUGUUAUUCUUCUCAUGAGCUUUCUCUGACUUUGAGUGACAACCUUCAGCAAGUAUUUCUAAUCUGACUAUAUUUUGUUGGGCACGGGGAGUAAUGGAAAUUAUUCUCCCCGAUAUUUUCAAUUUGCAAAUGUUUGCAUCCAUAUCUUUUGCAAUAACAAACAAAACAAAAACACCCAAUCAAAGCACAUGGCCGCAUUAUCUGCCUGUAUCUUUAUUCCACUUGCACUUAGUCAAAUCAAUAUGUUCUCCAGGUUUUGAUUGAUAUGCACACCAACUUGCCUGCAACAAUUUGAAAUGCCGGUGGCAGGUCAGCUUUGUUGUAAUUCUGCUUUGUUCUAGAGUCUGACACCAAUCCGUCAAAAAAAGCACUUUAUGCGACAGUGAUGAGAGAGAGGGUGGUGUUGAAGUAAAAAAAAAGAAAAGAAAAACACUGUAUUCUGCACUAAUUAUGCAUUGCAGACUGAUGAUAGAUGUUUUUGAUGCUUGUGACCUGCCCUGAUGUUUCCACUCCUGAUGCAUGUUUUGUACAUUUUUACCACCAAUAGUGACUGUGAUCUUACAGUUCAUUUAGUAGUGUUGCGUUCAUUGAUUUUCUAUUUCCAAAAUUCAGACUUGAGGGUGAAAAUGAACACUGCUUGGUUUACGUUGUCUAUGUUAAUAAAUUGCAGAACACA